AUGGAGGCGAAAUUAGCUCAAAUUGAACAAGAACACAAACAAGCUCAAGCAAAAAUGAGAGAAAGAUUAAGCAAAAUGGAAGCAGAGAUGGAAAGCUCACAAGACGGUUUGCUACAAAAGAUCGAAGAAAUGUUUAAGAAGCACGCUACAAGUGGAAAAGCUAUUGUUGACCAACCAAAAUCAUCUGAUCAGGAUCUCUUGCAUCCUCCAGGGUUUGAACCUAUGGCAUCGCAUCCUGUCAGGUUUACAUCUGGCCCCCAGCACCCACCAGGGUUUACACCCGACCCUUCGCAUCCUCCCGGUUUCACCCCAGUGCACAUUUCAGUUAGAUCGCCAGUUGUGCAAGAGGCUCACCCAGGAGUCUAUAUAGCGAAUCAACAAAAUCAUAAUGAGCCCGUAUUUCAAAUCGAUCACCCACCGGCCGCUAGGGCAAGACCCAUUGAAUUAGGCGUAGAAGAGUUACCACCUGAUUUUCAGGAAGUCUCAGAAAAAGGAAGGGUUAACAGCGAUAUAACCCAGCAGUUGAAAAGCAUGGAGGAAAGAAUGAGAUCAGUAGAAUUGGAGCCAUUCUAUGGAAUGGAUGCUAGAGAGCUAAGCUUAGUGCCCGACCUGAUUCUACCCUCGAAGUUCAAAGCACCAGACUUUGAAAAGUAUGAUGGAACUACUUGCCCAUCAGCUCACCUCGUCAUGUUCUGUAGAAGAAUGACAGGGUAUACUGAAAAUGAGAAACUAUUGAUACAUUGUUUCCAUGACAGCCUAACAGGAUCAACAAUUAAAUGGUACAAUCAAUUAACUAGAUCCCAGAUCAAGUCAUGGAGAGACUUGGCUCGAGCAUUUUAUGAACAGUAUCAUCACGUCACCGAACUAGUGCCUGAUAGAUGGACAUUACAGAACAUGGAAAAGCGACAUAAUGAAACUUUCAGACAGUACGCCCAAAGGUGGCGCGAUGUUGCUUCACAAGUACAACCCCCGUUGCUGGAAAAGGAGGCUACGAUUAUCUUUGUACAUACUCUGAAGGCUCCAUAUUUGGGGCAUAUGUUGGGAAAUGCUACCAAGAAUUUUGCUGACUUGCCUAAGACAGAGAAGACCAACACCCAUGAAAAUAGAGGCCAGAGAAGAGAGAAUACAAUACCGACUUUCUUACCAAUGCCAGUACCAUAUUCAGAAAUCUACGCCUCGCUCUUGAAGGCGGAUUUAAUACACCCUUACAAAUUGACUCCGAUGCAGCCACCUUACCCUCACUGGUAUAAUGCCAAUGCUCACUGUGAAUACCACGCAGGGAUUGCUGGGCAUGAUAUCGAGAACUUCCCGCAAUUUAAGAAGGUUGUACAAAACCUUAUCAACGCUGGAGAUUUGGAAUUCAAAACACCGGCUGUAAAUACUCACCCUAUGCCUAAUCAUGGGGGGCAAGGAAUUAACAUGGUCGAAGAAGAAGAGAUCAGGACGACCAAGAGAAAUGUGUCAGAAGUCAAAUCUCCCAUCUGUUGGGUGUUCAGGCAGUUAUGUACAUCGGGAAUGAUUAAGGGUAAUCCCAAAUCAAGGUCAUUGGAACGAGAAACAUAUUGUGAACAUCACCAAACUAAGGACCAUGAUAUCCAGAAUUAUACUGAAUUUCGAGAAUUGCUUCAAAAAAUGAUGGAUAGUGGAGAAGUGGAAUUUUUCAGUAAGAAGGAAAAACCAAGAGAAAUAGACAUUUGUAUGAUGGAUGACUCGGGCAGAAUGACGGGGAUGAGAAAGCCGAUAGUCAUCACAAUUAAUCCGGGACAAGAGAGAUCAUCGUCAACAACUCCAAGGGUGGUGAUUACAACUUCGUCCCCCUUCCUAUUCAAGGAUACUCGACAGGUUCCUUGGAGCUAUACAACCAAUGUAUCAAUACCGGAGGGGUCCAAGUUGUCUGAAGGAACAAACGAGGAAAAUAACUCAAGCUCAGAUGAAGUAAGUGAGGUAGGACAUUUCACACGAAGCGAAAGAUGCUACUCACCAGAUACAUCCCUCGAGGUAGACAAAGGAAAAGCUAAAGCCAAAGCCGUCGUAAUGCCAAAAAUUUUCAAUGAAGAACCUCCACCAAUCAUUAACGAGCCUGUGACUGAAGCUCAAGGUCGUGAGUUUUUGAGGUUUCUUAAGCACAGUGAAUACAAUAUAGUGGAGCAGCUUCACAAACAGCAUGCAAAAAUCUCAAUCUUGGAUCUUUUAAUCAAUUCCGAAGUACAUCGAAACGCCUUGCUAAAAGUGCUCAACCAAACAUUUGUUCCUGAGGAUAUCUCGACGAAUAAAUUGGACCGAAUUAUGGGUCACAUAGCUGCUGACAACUAUAUUACCUUCACUGAUGAUGAGAUCCCGGAAGGAGGGAUGGGAUCCAUUAAGGCUUUAAACAUCAUUGUGCACUGCCACAGUCAUGUCCUGCCAGGGGUUCUUAUAGAUAAUGGGUCGGCACUGAAUGUAAUGCCCUUUGCUACACUGCAAAGGAUGCCCAUUGAUAGCUCACACAUGAGAGCGUAUCAUAACAUCGUCAGGGCAUUCGACGGAACCCAGAAGGACAUGAUGGGAAGGAUGGAAAUACCCUUAAUGAUCGGGCUUGCUAUUUACAAUGUUGAUUUUGUGAUAAUGGAUAUCCACCUGACAUACAACUGUUUGUUAGGAAGACCUUGGAUCCAUGCAGCAGGGGCAGUUCCUUCAUCCCUGCAUCAAAAGCUGAAGUUCAUAAUUGAUAGAAGAUUGGUCAGUAUUGGGGCUGAACAAGAAAUCAUAGCUUCUGUAACGUCUGAGACCCCGUAUAUCGACAUUAAUGAGGAUACCUUGGAGUGCUCAUUCAGGGCUUUGGAAUUCAUCAAUGCAACCUAUGUGGCUGAAGAUAGUAGAAUUCCACGACCCGCACUGUCAAAUUAUACUAAGAUGACAGUGAGACAAACCCUAGGAAGAGGAGCAAAGAUCGGUAAAGGACUGGGAAAAGAGCUGCAGGGGCAGCUACGACACAUAACUGUUGAGUGGAAGAAUGACCGUUUCGGGCUCGGAUUUAAGCCCACAUUCCAGCAGAGGGGUCAAGAAAUGAAGAAAAAGAAUCAGGCAAGAAAGGCCAGAUUGAGAUGA